UCUCUCACACACACUCUCUCUCUUCACAAACAUAACAGACGCGCACACUCUCUCUCUCUCUAUCUCUUUGCAUUUCUCUCUCCGACCUUGCGAGACCGAGCGAUCCCAACCCUUAUUGUCGAUAUGUUCCGCCGCGCAACAGCAACCCUUCUUUCCGGCGCCACCCGCCGCCGAUUCUCGACGGAUCUGCCGGCGGCACCCACCGUAGAUUCGAGCUUCGUGGAGGCGUGGAAGAAAGUGAGCCCUAACAUAGACCCACCAAAGACUCCCUUUGCUUUCAUGAAGCCUCGUCCCCCAACCCCUUCCACGCUCCCUACGAAGCUCACCGUUAACUUCGUCCUUCCUUACACUUCCGAAUUAUCUGCCAAAGAGGUUGACAUGGUCAUAGUACCAGCAACAACUGGGCAGAUGGGUGUUCUCCCAGGACAUGUAGCAACAAUUGCAGAGUUGAAACCUGGGGUUCUAUCUGUCCAUGAGGGGAAUGAUGUGACCAAGUAUUUUGUCAGCAGCGGAUUCGCCUUCAUCCAUGGAAACUCUGUUGCUGAUAUAAUAGCUGUUGAGGCUGUACCAAUUGAUCAAAUUGAUUCAAACUUAGUCCAGAAGGGUCUUCAAGAGUUCACUCAGAAGCUUAGCUCAGCCACAACGGAUUUGGAGAAAGCCGAAGCUCAGAUUGGGGUUGAUGUCCAUAGUGCUCUCAACUCAGCUCUUACAGGCUAAGUACUGUAGUUGAGCUUUCCUUUUCGAUUGUUUAUUUUCUACCUGCUGUGACUGCGUUGCAUUGAUUUGUCUCAGUGUAAACAUUUUCAUCAAGUAUUUCUCUGUUGGAAGUAACUUGAUAAAAUAAUAUUUCAACAGCUUCCAUCUAGCUCAAGGAAGUUGAGCGAGACCUUGAAUUUAGAAACAAAAGGCUUAAUUUUUGUUUUGGAUUAUAGGCAAUACGAGUCAACUCCAUAAGACGCGCCUUUAAUAUAUAUUGAGUCAUGUCUCGUCUACAACUUCUGCUUCAUUUUGCUUCUACAUAUGCAAUUUCAAUGAGCAUGAUGAAUGCUAUGGAUUAAAGUCGAACAACUCGAGAGAAGUUGAAGUAUUUGAUUCUGCUUGAGAUCUGAAUUCUCUCGCUGGGCAUGUUGAACAAUGCAAGCAAAUCAUAAUGUAAAAUUCAAAUCAUUAGCACUUUUUUGUUGUGUACAUUGGAUGUAAGAAGGUAAGAGAUGGGGUAUAGGCCAUACAUUAUUACCGC